GAUUUGUUUAUUUUAUUAUCAUCGAUUUCGAAUUCUCGAGUCGGGCGAGAUUUUCCGACGGUUUACGGAAGAGAUUUUGAUUUAUUUGUGGUCCGCUUUAACUGUAAAUAAUUCCGAAUGCUUCCGUUCUUCCCGACGCUAAGGCCAGCCGUCGCCAACAGUUUGUGGUUUGCGGUGGACGAAUGCUGCGACGAAGACGCCGAAGUGAAUGCAAUGGAAACGGAGAAUCAGGAUUGGAUAAAUCGAAUUCAGCAGAUAGGUGCAGAUUUGGUACCGAUCGGGAAAAACGUCAACGAACAUACCGAUAACAUGGACUCAGAAGAUGAAGACGCAAACGACGAAAGUGACGAUUCGGAUAACUCCGAUGAAGAUGAUGAAGACAUGGAUGAUAUCAACAACGCAGCUCGGGCCAACGAUCGCCUCGUCAUGGAGACGACCUACAACAAUACGGACGAUGAAAUACAGCCAAAUGACACUCUUUGAGCAACAUCCUAAACAUCGUUCGUAAAGGGGAAACCAUGAUGGAUAUUUCUUUCGUUGUGAUAAAAAAAAGUUCGUCUUCGAGUACACGUUAUUGUAUUGUAUCUCACUUUAUAUUUAGAUAAUAUGUAACUUGCAAAAACUAAAAAUACAUUUACGUUGUCCUAAUCAAAAGGA